AUGGAUUUGAAAUUUGGGAUAAUAUUUCUUUUCCAGAUUGUCAUUGGAACCAUGGGGAAUUUCUCACUCUUAUAUAAUUAUAUGUUUCUCCACUUCAGUGGAUACAGGCCAAGGCCAACAGAUUUAUUUCUCAGACACCUGAUUGUGGCCAAUUCCUUAGUCAUUCUCUCCAGAGGGAUGCCAGAGACCAUGGAAGUUUUUGGGAAGGAGCACUUCCUUGAUGAUCUUGGAUGCAAAUUUGUUUUCUAUCUUCACAGGGUGGGCAGGGGUGUGUCCAUUGACACCACCUGCCUAUUGAGUGUCUUCCAGGCCAUCACCCUCAGCCCAGGGAACUCCAUCUGGGCACACCUGAAAAUGAAAGCCCUGAAAUACAAGGGUCCAUCUAUCAUCCUCUGCUGGGUGCUGCACCUGCUGUUAACUAUUAGACUUCCUGUUCUUAUCACUGAUAAAAGAAACAAGAAAAACUUCUCAAAAACUAUAGAUUUUCAACAUUGUUCAGUGAUGCUCCCUGAGAAUAACACAGGCACAGUUUUUGCAGCAAUGACAUUAUCCCAUGACAUUUUGUGUUUAAAUCUCAUGAUCUGGGCCAGUGGUUCCAUGGUUCUUAUUCUGUACCGGCACAAGCAGCGGGUCCAGCAUAUCCACAGACAAAGCUCAUCUAGAUCUUCCCCUGAGACCAGAGCUUCUCAAAACAUCCUUGCUCUGGUGAGUGCCUUUGUGUUCUUCUACACCCUGUCCUCCACCCUUCAUGCAUGCUUUACUCUUGUUGAUAAAAGAGCUUUGUGGCUAAUCAGCAGCACUCCCAUAAUCAGUGCUGGUUUCCCUACUAUCAGCCCCUUUAUUCUCAUGAGUCAUGAAUGCUCUGUGUCCAGGCUCUUCCGGAAGAAGUGA